AUGGCGACGCUGCUCGCGUCCGUAUGGGCCGCGGCCCUCGAACCCGGCCUGCACGCCUCAGGCGUUUCCUUCCUCGCACCAGUAGAAGAGCGCGACAGCAACGCGAAUGAGGAUCAGAAGCUCUGGAAGGGCAAGGGCGGCGGGAGCGGGGGCGGCGGAGGGGGCGGCAGAGGAGGAGGCUCUUCAGGUCAUUCAAGCAGCGGAGGCAGAAGCAGCGGUACCAGUGGCACCGGAGGCAUCGCCAGAGGCGGUAGCCGCGACAGCUCCGGCGGAUCCACGAAGACGGGCAGCGGCCCCGCGCCGGCCUACGGCGGUUCAUACGGCGGCGGCGCCAAGGUUCCUGACGUUGCCGGCGCAUCGAGAGGGCCCGGUAGCAUUGCCCCUUUCUUGCUAAUCGGCGGUGGUCUCGCCUUCUGGCCCGGUCUCUGGCUCGGGGGCGCCUACAUGUACCCUUACUCUCACCCGUAUCGCUUCUACAACCAGUCGGCGCGCGAGAACCAGACGAAGCCGUACAUGAGUGCCCUCCUCGGCAAUGGCAGCUACCAGGGCCUGAACCAGUCCGUCGUUACCAAGGGUAUCUACAACAACACUGACAUCAUUCUCAUCAACGGCACCCUCCCUAACGGCACGACCGCCUCAGGCGGCACUGAUGAUGUCGGCUCUGCCGCUUUCCGGGCCGCUUCUGAGGCUCUCGGCUUCUGGUCCAUGUUGGCCGUGGUCUUGGCCACCGUCUUCGCCGCAUGA